CCGGUGGAACUCCGGGCUCCACCUCCUCUCUCGGGGCUGAGUUACCACUGCUCACCGGACACACAGCCCACACAGUCGGUGAAGCCAGUGCGUGUGUGGGGGUGUGUGUGAGAGAGGGAGAGAAAGGAAGCAAGAGAGAGUGAACAAGUUGACACAGAUAGAAGGGGGAGUCGCAGAGAACUACUGAGCAGCCAGAGAUACAGCCUGGUGUCCAUGCGUCCAGCAAUCAUGAUGCCCGCCAUGGCCGUGUACCUGAGCCUCCUCACGCUGGGCCUCAGUGUGUUUGGACAGGAGCUCCCAUCAGGCCCUCACGGCUGCACUGAGGGAAGCUGUUACCCUGCGACAGGAAACCUUCUGAUUGGACGAGCCGUCAACCUCUCCGCCACCUCCACCUGCGGCCUGAACGGGCCGGAGCAGUACUGCAUCGUCAGCCAUCUGCAGGAAUCAGACAAGUGCUUCGAGUGUAACUCCCAGCAUCCCUACGACCGGUACCGCCACAGAAACAGCCACCGCAUCGAAAACGUCAUCUACCUCAUGGACAGGGAUGAAAGCAACACCUGGUGGCAGUCUGUAAACGGAGAGGAGAAUGUCAGCAUCAGGAUGAACCUGGAGGCUGAAUUCCACUUCACACAUCUCAUCAUGAAGUUUAAGACCUUCCGACCUGCAGCUAUGAUCAUCGAGCGUUCGGCAGAUUUUGGCCGCACAUGGCGCCCCUACCGCUACUUUGCCUCAAACUGUACCAAGACGUUUCCCGGCACCCCCGCUAACGGCCUGCGCCACAUCAACGACGUCAUCUGUGAGGAGCGCUACUCUGACAUCGAACCUUCCACCAAUGGAGAGGUGAUUUACAAAGUUUUGGAUCCAGCCAUUCAUGUGAAAGACCCCUACAGCUUGGACAUUCAAGAACUCCUGCGUAUCACCAACCUGCGUAUCAACUUCACCAAGCUGAACACUCUGGGAGACGACCUGCUGGACCGGCGCUUCGACGUCCUGCAGAAAUAUUACUAUGCCCUCUACGAGCUGACGGUCAGAGGGAGCUGCUUCUGCUACGGACACGCCUCAGAGUGCGCCCCCGUGCCAGGGGUCGACGCCCGGGACAACGGCAUGAUCCACGGGCGCUGCGUAUGCAAACACAAUACAGAGGGCCUGAACUGCGAGCGCUGCCGACAUUUCCACCACGACCUGCCAUGGAGACCCGCCGAGGCGGAGAACCCACACACCUGCAGGGAGUGCAACUGUAACGGCCACACAAGCCAGUGCCACUUCGACAUGGCAGUGUAUCUGGCCACAGGCAAUGCCAGCGGAGGAGUGUGUGACGACUGCCUGCACAACACCAUGGGACGCAACUGUGAGAUGUGCAAACCCUUCUACUUCCAAGAUCCUGUUAAAGACGUCAGGGACCCACGAGUGUGUGUCGCCUGUGACUGUGACCCGGUGGGAUCAUUGGAGGGAGGUGUGUGUGACAGUCACACCGACCUGGACAUGGGGAUGAUCUCAGGACAGUGUCGAUGUAAAGUCCACGUCAAAGGCACACGCUGCGACGACUGCAAGGAAGGUUACUACGGACUGAGCCAGAACGACCCUCUGGGCUGCCAGCCUUGUAACUGUGACCCUCGUGGCAUCAUCACGAAUGGAGCUCCUUGCGACCAGAUCAGUGGGGACUGCUCCUGUAAAAGAUAUGUGACCGGUCGCUACUGCAGCCAGUGUCUGCCUGAAUACUGGGGGCUCAGUAAUGAUCUGGCCGGCUGCAGACAAUGUGACUGUGAUUUUGGUGGAGCUUUCAACAACAGGUGCAUGAUGGAGAACGGCCAGUGUGACUGCAGGAGGCAUCUGAUUGGUCGACAGUGUUCGGAGGUUCAGCCUGGGUAUUUCUGCGCUCCGCUGGACUACUACAAAUAUGAGGCUGAAGACGCGACUGGCCACUCCCCUGGUGACGCUGCACUACCUGGUAAAGUGCGUCCUCAGGCAGAGACGGACUGUGUUCAGCACCUCAGUAACCAGCUGAGGAGGCACCGUCGCCACCGUCGCAUCACCAACUCGCAGCAGCACCGCUCGGCACUGAGACGAAUCCGCCAGCUUCAGCAAACGCCGGAUGUGAGGAGCGUCCACAGAGAGCACACCCCCAGCCACAUGGUGACGUGGACCGGUCCUGGUUUCGCCCGCGUCAAAGACGGUGCGGGCCUGGUGUUCAAUAUCGACAACAUCCCCUACGCCAUGGAGUACGACAUCAUGAUCCGCUACGAGCCUGAGUCCACAGAGGACUGGGAGGCUAUAGUUAGUGUUACCUCUGUGCUGCUGCCGUCCAGUCUCCGGUGUGGAAACCUCCUUCCAACUGAACAGCUCUACACAGUCACUCUGCCACACCGCAACAGAUACAUCCAGAUGCCCCGGCCGUUCUGUUUCGAGCCCAGUAAUCGCUACGUGGUUUCCAUCCGGUUCCAGCGCCACGGGGUCACACACAGACACCUCACUGCCUUCAUUCUCAUUGACUCGCUGGUUCUAAUCCCCAAAUACAAUGAGCUGCCUGGUUUCCAAGGGAACGAGGUGGAGGCGGAGCAGCGGCGGGAGGAGAUGAUCCGCUACAUGUGUCUGGAUUCCUUCAUGAUCACACCGAUGCCCGCCCUGGCCGAGAUGUGCUCCAAACUCAUCUGCAGCAUAUCCUCCAUCAUUCAUGAUGGGGCUCUGUCGUGUCAGUGUGACCCUCAGGGCUCCCUCAGUGGGGAGUGUGACAGGGUGGGGGGUCAGUGUCGCUGUAAACCCAACGUGAUGGGUCGCCGCUGUGACCAGUGUUCUCCAGGAACAUACGGCUUUGGAGUGAGCGGCUGCACUGCCUGUGACUGCCACUCAGAGGGGUCUUUGAGCCACCAAUGUGACCCGGCCACAGGACAGUGCCAGUGCAGGCAGGGAGCCACGGGGCGUCAGUGCUCAGACUGCCAGCCGGGCCAGUGGGGCUUCCCCAGCUGCAGCCCCUGUCAGUGCAACGGCCACACUGACCUCUGUGACCCCCGCACGGGGGAGUGUCGGGACUGCAGGGACUACACAGCAGGACACCUGUGUGAGCGUUGUGUGGAUGGGUUCUUUGGAAACCCGGUGCUGGGUUCAGGGGAGCACUGUCGGCCCUGCCCCUGCCCCGGGAACCCCGGCUCGGGUCACUUCAACGGGCACUCCUGUGAAGCUGACCAAACCUCCAACCAGAUCAUCUGCACCUGCAGACAGGGCUACGCUGGGUCCCGCUGUGAUCAGUGUGCCCCUGGUUUCUAUGGCAACCCAGAGCAACCUGGCGGGCAGUGCCUCCCGUGCGAGUGCAACGCUAACAUCGACACCCAGGACCCCGGGUCAUGUGACCCCCGGACCGGCCAGUGCAUCAAGUGCCUGUACCACACCGACGGCUCCUCCUGUGACCACUGUCAGAACGGUUACUUUGGCAACGCUCUGGCACACGACUGCAGACGCUGUACUUGUGUGACUGCUGGCACGCUGCAGUCUGCGUGCCCUGACGGAGAGUGUCACUGUGACCGGCAGAGCGGGGCCUGCUCCUGCAGGGAGAACGUGGCGGGCCAUAACUGUGACCAGUGCGCCGCCAACCACUGGAACUACGGUCAGGACCGAGGCUGUGAGCCCUGCGGCUGCGACCCCCAACACUCUCUGGGAGCUCACUGCAACAUGUUCACAGGGCAGUGCCACUGUCAUCCAGGCUUCGGAGGGAAACAGUGCACUGAGUGUGAGCAGUUCCACUGGGGAGACCCGCAGGUGCAGUGUCAAGAGUGUAACUGCCACCCUCUGGGCUCGGAGAUGGCUCAGUGCGACAGGUUGACGGGGAAGUGUGAGUGCAGGGAGGGAGCGGCAGGGAAGCACUGCGAUGAAUGCGCCCGUGGCUUCACCGGCGUCUUCCCCGAGUGCGUCCGCUGUCACGCCUGCUUCCAGCUGUGGGACGACGCCAUUUGCCAGAUCAAAAGAGACCUGGAGCACAUCCAGUACACUGCGCAGAAGAUCCUGGAAAGCGGAGUCACUCCAGGAGUCGGGGACACGCGAAUCAAAGAGCUGGAGAAGAAGCUGAAGCAAGUAAAAGAUCUGAUCAGUUCUGAGGACAGCGACAAGAUCCACCAGCUGAUUGGACAGAGCAUCGAUGACCUCAGGGCUGAGAUCGCCCUGACCGACGGGCGCCUGAUGGGCGUCACCAGAGAGCUGAAUAUAACAACAGAAGAUGAAGGGGCGCUGAGACAGACCCUGACUGGCCUGGAGAGAGAGCUGAGGGACAUCAACACCACCGUGGCUCACAAACACAACCUGCUGCAGGACUACCUCACCUCAGGAUUUGCAGAUCAGUUUAAUAAAGUGAAGCGGUUUUAUAAUGAGUCGGUGAAGGCACAGGAGAAAUGCAACGCCUCGGUGUCCGGUCCCCUCAGUCCUGUGGAACAGUCCAAAGAGACCCGGGCUGUCACCGAGGAUCUGCUGAACGCCAGCAAAGACAAGUUCCUGCGCGCUCUGGCUGCUCAGAACAAGUCUCUAAAUGAGCUGCAGGACAAAGCCCACGACCUGGACAAGAGCGUCCAGCACCUCAGCAACAAGGUGUGUGGCGGUCGCAGCAAUUCAAACGCUAAUGGCAGUUGCUCAGACAGUCAAUGUGGUGGCGCCGGUUGCCAUGACGAUCGGGGCGUGCGUGUAUGUGGAGGAGAGGGAUGCAACGGGACGGUGAGCGCUUCUGUCGCAGCUCUGAAUCUCACCAGGAACACCAUGGAGAGUCUGAACACCGCCAACGAGGAGCUGCAGAGCGUCGCCAGAAAGCUCCAGGAUAUCGCCACCCUGACAAAGGAUGUAAAGAACCAGGCGAUGAACACGCUGGAGAAAGCGCAGAAGAAGAAGGAGCACUUUGAAAACAACAACAAGAAGCUGAAAGAUUUCAUCAAGAAGAUCAGAGACUUCCUCACCGAGGAGGGUGCGGACCCGGAGAGCAUAGAGAAGGUGGCUCUGCAGGUGCUGUCCAUCACGCUGCCCGUCAACAGGACGGCUCUGGACAGGAUGGUCCAGCAGAUCAAGGGCGGCCUCUCCAACCUCACCAACAUCGAGGGCAUCGUCAACCAAACCUCGCAGCACAUCAAGGAAGCCAAGGAGCUGCUCCAGAAAGCUAAGGAUGCUAAGAGCCUGGCGGAGGGAGUGAAGGAUAAAGCCAGCAACACCAAACAGGCUCUGGAUGUGUCUGAGAAGGCCAUAGAGAAGGCCCGAGCCGCCAUGAAGGAGGCCAGCAGCAACCUGAACCGCACCAGGAACGCUACAGCUAAGGUGGAUGAGAGGCUGACGCGGCUGGAGGAUAAGCAGAUGGAUGUGAUGAUGCGCCUCAACAACCUCUCCAUGGAGGUGGAGGCUCUGAGGAACAAGACGGAGCAGAACAGGCUGGUGGCAAAGAGAGCUAAAGAGCUGGCUAACAACGCCACGCACCAAGCCUCCUCCCUGGAGAGGAGCCUGAACGACACAGAGAAGCGGUACCAGGAGCUGCAGAUGAAGGUGGACUCUCUUGGAGAUGUUGGAGGUCUGAACAACAUCAACCAGAAGGCCAAGGAAAUAAAGAAGGAGGCAGAAGACCUGCUAAACAAAGCCACCAAGGGGAUAGAGCAACUCAGGAAACUGGAGAAAAAGUUCAAGAGUAACGAGCAGCGGAUGCAGAGGCAGCGCACGGAGCUGGACGAGCUGAAAAACAACGCCACGAUGGUGCGAGACGAGAUCCGGGUCCAGGUGCAGAAGUACAGUAACUGUGUGUGAGGAUGUUACACUCACCGCCCUGCUGCUGUAGCGCAGAGCAGACCUCUGACUGACGCUGUGACUUGGACACACAACCAUGAAAAUAAAACGCUGCUCUGGUACCUCCAUUCCUUUACUACUAUAUCAAGUUUUACACAUUACCUGUCAAGUGUUAUAUAUCACAGAAUGCCUUCACCUGUCUACGUACUGUACCACUAACCGACUAAAUAUCAACCCUGUGAUGUAUGCUAUGUCUUUAAGCUAUUAUCACAACAGGUGGAUGACCUGUGGAGAGUAUGAUCAUUGAUUCCAUGAGUAAUAAACAGAAGAAAUAUAUCAGAAUUUUGUUAUUUUGACCAAAAGUGCUUUCUAUGUUUUUGCUGUAAUUUGACCUCAUUUGUAUGGUAUUUACAAUAUGACAUUCCUAUAAAGAAAUAUGCGGAAAAGUAAGAUUUUUUUAAAUGAAAUAUGUUUAUUUUUAUUACAAAGGAAACUCUUGAUUAAAUGCAAACAUAAAUGUUCUUAUGAGCAAAAUUCAUUAUGAGGUAUGAUGAUGGAAACAAAUAAAUCUGAUACCGUUUAUGCAAAUGC